AUGAUUAUCUUCAAGGACCUUAUCACUGGGGACGAGAUUAUCUCCGAUUCCUACGAUUUGAAGGAGGUCGAUGGUGUUGUCUAUGAGUGUGAUUGUGCUAUGAUCACUCUUGGCGCCGUCGAAGUCAACACUGGUGCCAACGCCUCUGCUGAGGAAGCCGACGAGGGUACCGAAGAUGGAGCUGUCCAGGUCAACAAUGUCGUAAACUCCUUCCGUCUGUCGCAGACCUCUUUCGAUAAGAAGACCUAUUUGAGCCAUCUUAAAGGUUACAUGAAGAAGGUCAAGGAGGCUCUUAAGGAGAAGGGAGCAGAUGAAUCUGUUAUCACCCAGUUCGAGAAGGGUGCUCAGGCAUACGCAAAGAAAAUUGUCACCAACUUCAAGGAUUACGAUUUCUACGUUGGCGAGUCUAUGGAUCCGGACGGAAUGGUUGUACUUAUGAAUUACCGCGAGGAUGGAACUACACCAUUCGUCACUGUCUGGAAACACGGUCUCACUGAGAUGAAGGUCUAA